UGCUUUCUUUUUGUUCGUUGCUUGAAAGUUUAAAAAAAAAUGGCUUUUGACAAAUUAAAAGGGGUUUCUCUGGUUUCUGUGAGAGACCUUAGUUGAUGCUUCUGCUUCUGCUUCUGCUUCUGUUCUGUGAGUACGCAUGUCAUCUUCUUUGUCUCACAAAAUUUUGUCUUUUAAUCAGAAUAUUUCAGUUGUGACUCUGUCUUGAGUACCUGCUUCAUCUCUGUUUUAUUUUCUUGAUUUCUUCACAGUGUAUCUCCGGUUUAUAUAGUCGCGAUCUUUUUACUCUAAGAUGGGCUCAUUUUAUGUCUUGUUUAUUUAUUAAUAAAAAAACUGUCUUCCAUGUCUGUAUUUUCACCUCAUUUUCUUGUAUUUUCCAUUUUAUUUGGUUGGUGUUUAAUUGCUCUUUAUAGUAACAUGGUGAUGCUCUUUUCUAGGAUUUGAUUCUUUUCUUAAAUUAAAAAAAAAACAUUUCUGCUUCUUCUAUCUUUCUUUACUUCGGCUAACAAAGCAGAUUUUUUUUUUCUUGGGGGUUGUGUUUUACAAUGGAAAAGUCUGUGGUGAUAUAAGUUAUAGGAAUUCUGUAUUUCUCAUAUUCUUAUGAGGUUGAAUUCAGCAGAAAAAUUGGUGAGAAUUUUUUAUUAAAUCGUUGAACCUCCAGGAAUUAGUUUGAACUCUUGAGAUAAAGACGGUCAAAGCAAUCAGUCAGGUCAUUUCAGAGGGAAUUUAAUGGCUAUGAAAACUUUUUAUCUCAAAGAACAUGAAGGAGGUGUCCAUAAUCCAAAUGGGCAGUUGUCAACAGUGCCACGGUGGACUGCAUUUGGGUCUCAGGCUGUUAAUGGUGAAUCGUGUGGCCUAUUGAAGGCUUUACCCAUAGAACAGCCUGCCGGUGGAGGUGAAACUGCUACUAAGCUCGCCAGGAUGGGUACUGAGCAAGGGUUGGAUAAAGGGAAUAUCACUCAAUUCACUAUAUUUCCCGGUGACUGCAAACCUUCAGGUGGUGGACAGAAAUCUGUUCAGGGAGCCAUUUCACUGCAAACAGCUCUGCCGGAAUAUUAUGCUCGUUUUGACCUGGGAUUUGGUCAGCCUGUGAUCUGCGCAAAGUAUCCUGUCGUGGACCAAUGUUAUGGAUUAUUCUCAACUUUUGGACCUCAAAUUUCGCCUUAUAUGCACCGUUCACGCCAUCUCCACGCAAUGCGCCGACCAAGGGGAUGCGGUGGCCGUUUCUUGAAUACAAAAGAGUUGAAUGAUGGAAAAGGCAUAACAGAGGCUAAGAAAGCGGGUGAUUUUCAACUUUCGCAGCCAACUGGUUCUCAGAGUUCUGAAGUCCUGGAAUCAGGUGGUGCAACUUUGAACUCAAUGGAAGCAAAUUGUGGUGGAUCAAAUCCCUCUGGGUCAGAAGUGACUAGUUUGUACAACAGGGUAGAUUUCGAUCGCUUCCCUUUCAAUCAUCAUGGGCCAACUGUCCAUGGUUUCUCAGGGAUGGACGGAGGGCAUGGCAUUGGCAUUGGCAUGCCCAGUAAGUGGAUUGCAGCAGCUGACAACUGCAGCAACCUCAAACAGCAAGGGAACGGAUUGGGUUGGUGCUUGCAUCAUGCACAAGACCAAACCCCACCUUUGCUGGAACCUGACAACCAAAUCGUGGCUUGAAGAUGGACUUCACCAUUUGGUUGUAAGGGCAAGUCGUUCUUGGCUCCUGUGCAGUGAUGGUACCUUUGCCAUUCCAUACAACCUUGCUGUCAUGGAUUGGUCAGAGGUGCUGAAACCAUAAUGCACUGUAACAAAACUUUGGGAAUGGACAACAUAAUAAAGGGGUGUGUUUCCAUCAAUGAAACAAAGACACCCAGAUGUGUGUGCUUGAUUUGUUAUCCUAAACUGUGUUGAAGCAUGUUUGAUGCUCUUGAAGUUUGAUUUCUACUCUAUGGUUGUAAUAAAUUGCUGUAUGUUUGUGUUAUCA